AUGGAAACGUUCACUUAUCAGACCGGUCUGGCACAGACGUACUUAACUCAGAAAGUGGAGGCCGGGUCCCUUUCUGGGGGGAUCACAUUUGACAAAUGUAUCUUAAAAUAUGUACUUAACAAGUUACUGUACACAUCUGCACCCUUUGGGGAGGCAGGGGCCCAGAUAGACCAGUAUCUGGAGUGGCUCAGAGAAUACUGCCAGGCCUUCUUCUAUGGGCUUCCUGUCAAGUUGCUGCCAGCGGUUACUGUGGCUAAAACUAGAUGUUCGUUCAGGGUUAACAGCAAUUCACACAACCUUCAGAUCUUCACUGGUGACCUGCUACGCUUCCUGUUGAGUUGGAAACCAAAAGAUGCUUUUUGUAUCAUUGGAAUUACAAUGAUUGACCUAUACCCCAAUGACUCGUGGAACUUUGUCUUUGGAAAGGCUUCUCUUAGUGAGGGAAUGGGUGUUUUCAGCUUUCCCCGGUAUGAUGACACCUUCCACAGCAGCGGCUAUGCUGGGAGGUUGAAGAAAAGGCUUCAGCCAAAGCAGGGGGACUUCUCUGUGUUUGACAGAUAUUACACUCCCCCCAUCACCAGCACCCAGCUGUUGCUUCGAUCCUGCAAGACAAUGACCCAUGAGAUUGGCCAUAUGUUUGGAAUAAAGCAUUGCCAGUGGUUGAGCUGUGUCAUGCAGGGCUCCAACCACCUGGAGGAGUCUGAUCGUAGACCGCUGGAUUUCUGUCCCAUCUGCCUUCACAAGCUACAGGUCACUAUCGGCUUCAACAUAGCUGAUAGAUACAAGACCUUACUGCACUGGAUGGGGGAUCAGAGUCAAACACCCAGACCAGAGGACGCCUCUGCCUGUCAAUAUGUGCUCCACUUUCCAAAACCCACUGAAGCCUUUCAGACAUCCAGACUGUGGCUCCGCAGGUGUCUGGACGUACUGGGGGGAAAAGAUUAA